AUGAAUAGCUUAGAAAAUGAAUUUAGAAAACUUGACGUGUGUCAGUCGAGCCGACAGGAGGAUAUAUCAAACAGACAAGAAGCUUUUGCUAAAAGCACUGUUGGCGUCUCUCUGUCGCCUUUAGAUCUUUUCAUACGAGACCUGGACGAGCGAAAAGGCAAGCUACCUUGUUGUCAAGAAGUUAUUGACAUUCAAAUCAGCUUAGAAAGGUUUCUUAAAACUCUUCUUUUGGAAGUAGAAAAAGAGCUCCCUUUUUACAAAACAACCCUUGUUAAAAGCGGAAGCUUCUACGAAGCAACGAAAGUCGGUCAACCUGACGAAUUCGACUAUUUUGUGCAGCUGGAUAAUUUCUCUCGUCCUGAGGACAUUUGCUUUGAGGAACUACCACAUUGCAUGGUGGCAGUGAUUCCAAGCGAUUCCGCUUUUGAGAAAUUUAUAAAAACGAAGGGGAAAUUUAGUCCUUAUUCUCCUUUCGUCAGGUAUUUUCAAUGGAAGAGAGAUGUGAAGACACCGUUUAUCGACUCAUUGAGCAGCAAAUUAGCCCACGGGGUUGUAGUGUUCGGUUUAAAAGUUCUAACUCCCUACUUAGACAUAUAUCAGAGAAAUGGCCCUGCUUAUACUUUAGAACUCGAAUGGCAAGGAGGGCAGCUUUAUAAAGGAUUAAAAAUCCAAAUCGAUUUGUCUUUAGCAGUUAAGAUUAAUUCUCAUUCUUCAACAAUGGCCGUCGAUUUUGAAUCUGGAGCUGGUAAGGUCGUGAAAUCAUUAUUAGAUACUUCACCAGCAUACUUCUUAGCAGUAAGUGGAUACACGGAAUCAGAAUAUGAUGUUCCAACAUCAAACUUGUUCAAACAACUUGAAGAAACAAAGAAACUAAGAAAGAAGGACUCUGACUCGUCAGUGUCAUUAGACAGUCAAUCUGAUUGCCUUUUACAUAUUUCUCAGUCAUGCCUUGAACAGUCACUGUUCCGAACCAUUUUGGUCCUUAUGGUAGACCAAGUGUUUGUCUGA